AUGUCUGAAAAGAUUGAUGAGGUUAAUAAGGAGCUUCAGCAUAUUUGUAUGCAACUGGAUGUCUUGUUUAUUGACAAUACGACUAUAGAUGACACAUGCUUAAAUGGAAGUAAGCUUCAUCUAAAUGCGAAGGGCUCGGCUAUUCUAGCAGUCCAUUUUAUCAAAUUUCUCAAGGGGGGCAGUGCAUCAACCUCUCCAAGUAAACGAAGGCAAAACUACGAGGAUUUUCAGCGAUCGGCAAUUCUGAAACUUGGAGAACUGUUAAAGAUAAUUGUCCCUCCAGACAAGGGCACCCGCACCCGCAGAAGGAAAUAA